GAGGUUAUGACACGUUUUCGGCUUUUAACUAAAAGCCGUAUUUAACAUUAUCCUCUGUGAAAAUAGAUCAACAUUUGGUUCCAAUAAUGAUUCAUUUAUGUUGGAAACAAAGGAAGAUAAGGUAAAGCUGCGAUCUUAGCUUAAUGUGAUUUUUACUGGAAGUUUAACACACUAGCGAAACUAGAUAAGACAGGAUGAAACACUUAGUGUUGGUGACUAUUGUUCUACUACAUGUUGGCUACUCCUUAUCACAGUGCCCCAGCACAGUGCCAACAUGUACUUGUGAGACUGUAACCGGCCAAAGCAAGAGAAACAUCAGGUGUGUUGGUCUGACACAGAUCCCAGUUUUCAAUUCCUCUGCAGAAAUUUUCCAGAAAUUAGACAUGAAGUCUCCAAACAACAACAUAGAAGUUAUUCAAGCCAAUGCGUUUAAUGCGAUAAAAUUUGAAGAAAUUGAUAUGAGUGGCCCAAAUAUCAAAUUACACAGCAUUCACCCAAAUGCUUUUGCAGAUUUGGAGCAACAUCUGACAAUAGUGAAACUCCAGGGUGAUAAUGUACUAUACCCUCCAUUUGAACAACUGAAAAACAUCACCAAUCUUCAAGAGCUUGUGUUACAAUUUUUUAACAUGUCUACAAUUGAAGAGAGUACAAAAUUCAAUUAUUUUCCUUAUUUGAGAAUUUUAAGGUUAAGAAAAAUGAACACAUACUUUGUUUCGUCUGAAUCUUUCAAAAAUCAGUUACAGGAACUGACUGUUUUGGAAUUUGCAAACAACCAAGUGCCAACUUUUCCAAAGUCUGCUAUAAACAGACUUCGUCAGCUACAACAUCUCUCAUGGGUACACAACAGAAUGACAAACAUUUCAAGCAACUCGUUUGAUUCUCUAAGUUCUCUUACUGAACUGGAUCUGAGGGAUAAUGAUAUAAGGUAUAUGUACAAUGGGAGUUUCAUAGGCAUCACUGAAAAACUCCAGGUUCUGAGUCUUCGACUGAAUAGGCUAACAAAAGAAUCCAUUGUACCAUUAGGCAAUCACAACUGGCAUGAACUGAAACAGCUUAAUUUAGGUGAUAUGAUGGCUGAUUUUACAGAUAUUCCCAAUGGUUUAUUCGGAAACAUGCCAAAACUAGCCAGCCUUUUUAUGGCUGGUAAUAAAUUGAGAGUGAUUAAAAGCAACGAUUUCCAUGGCCUUGGAAAUAUGCAUGCGUUAGACUUGUCUGAAAAUUGGAUCCACACAAUUGAAAAAGGAGCACUGUCUCCCAUGACUAGGCUGGAAACAUUAGAUCUACGAAGGCAGUAUGACUCAAGUGUUACCAACCCACUGAACUUUAGCCUGGAUGCCUUAAAAGGAGCAGAGCAUGCCCUGAAAACCCUACAUAUACAGGGCAACCAUUUAAUUGAUCAGUAUGCUUGGGAGGCUAUUGGUGCUAUGAAAAAUCUUGUCAAUCUAGACAUAUCUGGAACUAGACUUUCUGACAUUCCAUCCUUGCUUUUCUACAAUCACGAAAUGCUUAAGAGUCUUACCAUGAGAAACAACAGCGUGACAGUAUUGAGACAAGAAUCUCUUUAUGGGUUAAAAUAUUCAUUGGAGGUCAUUGAUAUCUCUAACAACCAAAUAUAUACUAUUGACAAAUGUGUUUUUGAAGGAUUUAACAAACUCAAUUUCUUUUUUGCCUCGCAGAACUCUUUUGCGUGUGAUUGUAAUCUUUAUGGACUUCACCAGUUUUUUAAAGCAAUACCUUCUUCUGGUUUGGUUAUUUUGACAUGUAGAAAUCCAACAAAUUUAGCAGGCAAGUCUUUACUUUAUCUGGAAACUGGUCAGUUCUGCUCCAAUCCACCAAGUUCUACUUCUUGUCCAGACUUUACACCUACUACAACGACCAACUCAACAAUUGGAACAACCUCUGUUGUUCUCUUACCAGAUAUUCGAUUUGGAAUUUUAAGUGAAACAAAAAAUACAAUAGUGAUUUCUUGGACAGUCGGUGGAGAAAUGGCUUAUCUAAAGAACUUUAUAGUGCAAUGUAAACAAUUAGGCAUAAACAAUACCCAAGAAAAAAGUUUUUUAUUGGAAAAAUCCAAAAGGGAUCAUCCAAUAACCGGACUUAACCCCGGGUCUCGCUAUGAGAUCUGUUUCUUCAUUGAAUUGACAGGACCAUCAAAUCAAAUCCUGAUAUCCUGUCAAACAGGCACUACCCAAGGUUCCUUUACAGAUGUUGCCACAACAGCAGUCAACCCUGGUUCAGAUGAUAAAACACCUAAAAUAGUGGGGGGCAUUCUCGGAGGAGGAGUUUCAUUUAUAGUCCUUGUCGUUGUUUUGUUAUUUGUUUUCGUCAUCUGUAGGAAGAAAAAUUUCGACAAAUCACUGCAGUCCGCUAAUGGUCAUAUCACACUCAGUGAAUGUCAAAAAACAACAGUAAAUAACGACCCCCAUCCAACAAAAGGGGCCACAGGAAGGGGAAGAGGUAGAGACCUCAAACAACAUACCGUAGAGCUUCCUCCGGAACAUAUGCCUGAGGGUAGGUUUCGAGACAGAGUUAUGCCUACUGCUCUCGAACCUAAAUAUGAAAAAAGAAAGAUGUCUCAAGCAGAUCACUACACCAGCGCCGUGGAGACUCGACCCAUCCCACAGACCCCCAACAGAGACUCAAUGUCCCAUUCCUCUAGGGAUGGCUUCCCAAAUCAUGGAUUUUCAUCAAGUCUCAUAGACGAAAUGUACAUUGAGAUUCUAGAUAAUAGGGAGGUUGAGAUUUCAAACGAGUUCGAGUAUGCGACCGUGUCACAUAUCACCUAAAUUCUUUGCGUAUUACAUCAUCGGUUUUUGUGAAAACAGAGUUUCCACACGUCCUCUAAACAUAUAGAGUGUCGUCUACAUGUAAUAACAAACUUUUAGUUUUUAAAACAAAAUAAUCUAAUUGAGUUGAGGUAAUAUAUCCUCGUGAUACAUUGUAUAGAAGUGCAUGCAAAUUGAUAAGAAUUGUGCAAUUGAUUUGGAAUAAAUUAAAUAAAUUCAUGUAAUAAAACUGUGUAGAUUUACGUACACGUUUAUAUCCUACUGGUAAUGAAAUCUCAACUGAUAAAUUACAAAAUCGUGUACGUGUAGUUAUAAAUCUCAACCUCUCUAAUAUUGGAGCACCAUAAAGUCAAUAAAAUGUAGGAGCACCACAAUUUAAAGAAAAUAUUGGAACAGUGGUGUGAAAUGAAUUACAUUAAGAAAUGGAGUUUUUCAAAAUGUGUGCUAUUUUCAUAUGGAGCUGUGUGUGUAACAAUAUAUUCUAAUAAUUAAUCUGAUUAUUGAUAUUCCAGUGGUUGUGGAUGGAUACUAAACAAAUGGAGGUCAAUUAAUUUUAAACCUCAAUUAAACCAGUACAUACGAGUAUCAACUAUAAUGGGUUAAAAAUGUUUUAAAUUAUAACUGUCUGUGGAUUAUACUUCUAUCUCUGUUCAAAAUUCCGCCUAGUAUAGCCAAGAGAUUUCAUAAGCAAUUAAAAUAAUACCAGUAUUUUGUAUUUCAAAAUUGAUAUUUAAAUUACCAGAAAAAAAAACGAUUUUAAUUUAUGAUCAAGUCAAAAAUCAAUUUGCUUUUUUUUCAUAACAUGAAACACAGAUAUUAUUGGAAAUUUUAUUCAAUAUAUAAUAACCUUAAAUCAGCUGCUUUAAUUCUUAUGAAACUAGAGCACAAUAAAUUAGAAUACAUUCAGUAAGACACAUUUUUAUCAUCAGAUAAAAUUUGCUGAAUAUUCCCAAAAUAAAAACCAAAUACAUUUCAAACUCUUUGUACCAAAUCUGAUUAGUUUUAUAUGAAAAUGAUUGAUGAUUGUUCGUACAGGAACAAAUGAAUUACAGUUGAAAUCAAAUUUGUUCAAGUGUAGUGUGUUACUUAAUAUA